AUGACAGAUGAGAAAAAAAUAGCCAGAGCAUCAAGAAGAGGAAAAAGUUCCAAUAUUAACACAACAUAUCCAACCCGAGCGAUUCGAUCAAUAGUGAAAGGUGAAAAGCGUGCAUUAGUUAUUUACCAAAGCGCAGUUAUUGUGUGUGAUUCACCUAGCUGCGAUUUGCAUGCAAACCGGCCACCGUUUCGACGGUCGCCGACCAACCCGCAAUCGCACAAUGCAGCGCGAAAAUACCGACGAUGGGAUGGAUACGGCCGACAAUGGCGAAGACAUUCCGUCCGCAAGCAGCACAAAUUUAGCAUCCAGUAGUACAGAAUCUCAACAUACUAGUGAACCUACGAAUGGGGGACUAAAUCAGCAACAGAAUUCCACGACCCAUCAUGAAUCUACUGGCUCCAGCAGCGUCGGUGCUGGGGGUCCUACAUCCGACAGCGUACGCAGCACCCCGAAGCUUAGCAACGAACGCGCCUCAAAGAAUGGAUCGCAAAUGCAACUCGCCCAAUUGGCACCAGCCAGCGCCAGCGGUGCAGCAGGUCUUUCCGGAGCAAACAGUUCAGCAGUAGACGACGGGGAUACCAUUACCGUGAUCGAACGUCCGGUUAAUAUUGAAACUUCCGACGCAUCGAAAUCCCCCCUAAGCGCAUCCACGACCGCCACCUCGGUGCGGCUUAGUUUGCUGCCCUGGAAUAGCCACAACCGUUCAGCCAUUCUGUCCGGUGCGGGCGGUGCCGGCGGAAUGGCGACCACAAUCGAUAUGAUGGCCGCAUCGGACGGUACGCUACGGCCGGGCGAAAUCGUGAUGCGUACCCUGUUCACGGACUUUACCGUGCAGGCGGAGAAGAAAAUUGAGAGCGUGCUGCUGGACGGUUCGGACAAAAAUUUGCCAAAGCUACUGCAGCGCGGUGAAGACUAUCAGUUUGAUCAGCUUCUGCAGGCGCUCGGUUCGGUAGCGGAGCACUGUCUGCCGUCGCUGCUGAAGGCACUGCUCGCCUGGCACAAGCAUCAAAUAUGCGACAAGAACAUAAAGCGAGACCUGCAGACGGGGGCAAGCUCCACCACCCACCAUCCGGCGAACAAAUCGGGUCUGGACUUGGACUAUCAACUGUUGCGCCGUGAGGCAGCGGUAGAGUUCAUCUUUUGUCUCGCCCUCAUCGAGAUUCUGCGCCAAUUUCCGUUCCACCCGGGGCACGACGACAUUACGAAGCAGAUCGAAAAUCUUGCCUUUCGCCAGUUCAAGUACAAGGAAGGUGCGCAGACGGCACCGAACGCCAACGACUGCUACCGCAUUGCCGAUCUGUACGCGGAGGUGGUCGGUGUGCUUGCCCAGAGUCGAUUUUCUUCCGUGCGGAAAAGAUUCAUGACCGAGCUGAAGGAGCUGCGCAGCAAGGAACCGAGCCCGUUCACGACGCACAGCAUUAUCAGCUUGCUGAUGGGCAUGAAGUUCUUCCGCGUGAAGAUGGCCCCCAUCGAGGAGUUCGAGGCAUCGUUCCAGUUCAUGCACGAAUGCGCACAAUACUUUCUAGAGGUAAAGGAUAAGGACAUAAAGCACGCGAUGGCCGGUCUGUUUGUGGAGAUUCUAGUCCCCGUAGCGGCCACGGUGAAGAACGAGGUGAACGUACCGUGCGUGAAAAACUUCAUCGAUCUGCUGUACUCGCAAACGCUGGACGCCUGCACCAAGUCCAAGCACAAGCUAGCGCUAUUCCCGUUGGUGACCUGUUUGCUGUGCGUUUCGCAGAAAUCGUUCUUUCUCAGCAACUGGCAUUGCUUUCUGGCCAUGUGCCUGAGCAAUCUGAAAAACAAAGAUCCCAAAAUGAGUCGCGUUGCGCUCGAAUCGUUGUACCGGUUGCUGUGGGUGUACAUUAUCCGCAUAAAGUGUGAAUCGAAUUCGGCCACGCACUCGCGCCUGCAAAGCAUCGUAAACUCGCUGUUUCCUCGCGGCUCUAAGGCGGUGGUGCCGCGAGACACACCGCUGAAUAUAUUUGUGAAAAUCAUCCAAUUUAUCGCACAGGAACGGCUCGACUUUGCGAUGCGCGAGAUAGUGUUCGAGCUGCUGUGCGUGGGUCGUCCGAUCAAGAUCAUUAUGACGCCGGAGCGCAUGAGCAUCGGGCUGCGCGCGUUCAUGGUAGUGGCGGACUCGCUGCAGCAGAAGGACGGUGAGCCGCCAAUGCCCCGCACGGUUGGUGUGCUACCGUCCGGCAAUACGCUACGCGUGAAGAAGACCUAUCUGAACAAAAUGCUUACCGAAGACACGGCGCGAAGCAUCGGCAUGUCCAACUACUUUCCGCACGUGCGGCGCGUGUUCGUUGACAUCUUGCGAGCGCUCGACAUCCAUUGCGGGCGGCCACUGAUGAUGACGGUGAUCCAGAAUCAGAACAAGGAGUUUGACGAAAUGCUGACCGGCGAACGGAAGCCUCGCAUCGAUCUGUUCCGCACGUGCAUUGCGGCUGUGCCACGCCUUACGCCCGACAACAUGACCGGUCACGAGCUGGUCGAUAUGCUGUCCCGUUUAACGAUCCACAUGGACGAGGAGCUACGCGGCUUGGCCCACCAGUCACUGCAAACGUUGGUGUGCGAUUUUCCCGAGUGGCGCCAAGAUGUGAUCCAGGGAUUUAGUCAGUUUUUGGCACGCGAUGUAGUGGAUACGUUUCCGCAGCUGUUGGACAACGGGUUGCGUAUGCUGUACGCAUUUUUAACCGUUUGGCGCAAUUUGCUAGGCCCUGGCAGCAACAGUAACAGCAACAACAAUACGCUCAACACGAAAGGAACCGGUGGAGCUGCUGUAGCUGCUUCGGGACAACCGGUGGGCGGUUUGGCCGGGGUGGGACGUGCAACGAAUCAGCAAGAUUUGGGACUGUUAAAACCAAACCUCCCACAAACAGGCGUGAACGCAUCGCUCAACGCGGCUACCAUAAAUUCCAACUCCAGCGGUAGCUCGGGCAUUUCUUCCAUCACCCAAACGACGACCAUUACAGCGGGAGCCAUCGGGGGAGUUGGUACGAGUAGUAGCAGUGGUAUGGGUGGUACUGCUGGCACUGGAGGCACGUCUGAAUCGGCGACAGCCAGCAGCAGCCAUGUACCCGGUGGAAAGAAGGGCCACGAGCUCCCGCUAGCGACGACUAUGCACAUGGUGGAAGGGCUAGCAUUGGUGAUGCUGUGCAACUGUCGUUCGCAACCACGCAAGUUUGCGGUCAGCAUAUUGAAGGAGGUGAAAGUAUUGAAGAAACUGUUGGGCAUUCCAGAAACAGAACCGGCCUUGAUUGAUGUCAUCGAUAAGUGCUGUCCCCAGGUUCUUGAGAAAUGUUUGCACAUGCUACCUCAGACUGAUCGAACGGCAAUGCUGAACGCAAACGUGAUCGACCUGCAAUGGAUAGUGGACCGCAACAGUGGCGUGUGGACAACCGGACAUGUUGAGGAAUCGACCAAGGCGUCCACCUUGACCCUUUGCCUAUCCCAGUCCGCCCUCGGCCAAGCGUACGAUCCGUGGAGCGUGUGUUUGUUCGGCUUCAUGGAGCGGACGCGCGUUUUACAGCACUGCCCAUCGGUAGUGGCGCAAGCCUGGCCUAUAUGCUAUCAGCGAGUAACGAGCUUGUUCAACGUGAUAGAUCCAACCCCAGUAAGUGACAAUCGUGCCUCGUUACUGCGUAGCUCUGCUCCCACGAAGAAACCUCCCUCCGAGGCACAACGAGACUCGCUGGCACAUCUGUGGAAGAAUCAGGUAGCAUUGGCAAUGCGGCUUAUUCCACAGAUGCCUAGCGUUGCCGUGCGAUGCGCUUCACCCGAUCUCAGCCUAAGUCUGCAUGAUCAGUCGGAUUCCCGCUCGUUGUCCGACUCGUUGGACAAUAUACCGUCAUCCGUGUUUGGACCAGAAGGAAUCGUGACACGCUUCACCCUACCUCUAUCCUAUGGUCGCAAAGAUGCCAGACAUAAGAGACAAGGCUCCUCUCCGGACUCGCUGUCGGCGGAUCGUAGCGACAAGUCCAGCGGGACAACUGCCUCACCCGUGGCACUUUACAAGCUAGUGAUACCGUUGCUACGCUGUGAAGUCGUCGAUAUACGAGAUGCGGCCGUUAAUGCACUGGGGAUGAUAAACCAUGACGCGCUCAAGGACCUGAUGGAAGAACUAGUCGUAUACAUCCGUGAAGCCAUCGAUCGCAAGCAAGAGAAUAUGAGGCGCCGCCGACGCCGCGAUGCAUUGCGGUUGCAACUGGUGCGCGUGCUUGAGAAGAUUGCGGAGAAUGGCACGUUCGGCAUUAGCCAAUUUGUGCUGGAACGCGAAACGAUGUCACUGCAUCCGACUUUUGUCGAGUACAUCGACGGUGCCCGGCUGUACCUGGAGACGGAAACGGAUGGCAAGGAUAGCAGCAGCAUGCGUGAGGUGAAGACGCACUUCUGCGACUUUAUACGCAAGAUGAUAAAAAACUUUUCGCUCGAAUCGUGCGGCACGCUGCUGUCCCGCGAGCUCAAACGGAACCUUGUCAAUCUAUUUGUCGGGUGGAGCGGUACUGCAUAUGCGCUUCCAUUUGCCCAUGGACAUCAUGGUUCUUCGCACCAUCACGGCAGCCAUCAUGGUGUUGGCGGUGGCGGUAGCGGAGGUGGCAGCAUUGGCGGAAUCGGCAGUGGAGUUAGUGGCAUCGGAAGUGGCACUAUCGGUGCGAGUGUGUGGGGCAGUUCGUCCACCACAAGCGGUAUCGGUUCGGCGGGCAAUACGUCCGCCGGCACUAUUGCAGCGGAAGAGGAAAAAUUGCAAUUUAGCGCAUUACAGGCAAUGUCAGCUGUUCUAUGCUGUGGUCCGUGUUUCGAUCCUGGUCAUUUGGCGGAAGAUGGUGCAAUUUACAGUUGGUUGGACAUGCUAAUGACUUCCAAAGACGAAAAGAUUUAUGAGUUGGCCAAGGAGACGGUCGUAUUACUGCUUGAAUCCAAUCCCGAUAUAGGACAGCUUCUCGAAUGGGUCAUCGAUCGCUGCUAUACGGCUUCUCCGCGUGAAGCAGAUGCUUGUUUCUUGGCAUUGGCUGUUAUCUUCAGUGCAAGAGAAUAUCCCUGCGACCACUACACAUCUGUGAUCAACGUAACGCUGCUGAUGACCGGCUGUCCUAGAGUGGAGGUACACUCGACGGCUCUGCAGCUAUUGCAGAUAUUGGAUAAACGUUUCUUCGGUAAUGUUGGACCCUUACACAACGAGAGUGACCGAGAACCAGAUAAAAUUGGAACAUUGGAUGCGGUACUGAGCGGAGCGUACUGUCGUUCCCAGAUGUAUCUGUCCCGUCAGAUAGCGCGCCUCCGUCCCGAACUAACCAUGUCGAUGUUUUCUGAGAUAACGUAUCGAUUUCAAACAGCAAGAGCUGAGGCACGAGCAUUACUAUUACAGUGCUUGUUACCAUGGUUGGAAAAUGUGGAACUUGUGGCAUCAAGCGUUCCGCCAGCAACUCCACUAUCCUACAUUAUGUACUAUCCCGAUUCCGGUACUAGGGGUCGCCGUGAAGGGUCUGGCUCGACUGAGGCAACAGAAAUGAUUCUGAACAACCUCUUUUACAUUACAGCUAAGUUUGCUGAUUCACAUCCGUACAUCGAAGAGCUAUGGGGUACUUUGUGUCAAUUUUGGCCCAACAACCUUAAGGUCAUACUGCGCUACUUGCUCAUCAUAUCUGGAAUGGCGCCAAACGAGCUGCUGGCCAAUGCGAAACGGGUUGCAUUAUAUUUGGCGCGUUCAUGCACCAACAGGCUGCUGGACGAGCUGAUGAGCGAACUGCAAACGGUGGAAACCCUGAACUGUUUAAUUGAGCGCACGGAAACGCCUCCGUUUUACCGCUUAACGAGCAUGAGAAAAGCAUCCAGCCACUCAGAUGGUCCUGCAUCCGGCAACAAUGAUCCGAAGGUGCAGGAUGUGGACGUGGAAAAGGGAACUAUCCACACGAAGCGUCACAGCGGAGAAGAUCCAAUAAAAUCAGGCACGUGCAAAUCGGACAGUGCACUGCGGACGUUCGCCAACGCUUACCGUCCGCCCCGUGGCAGCGAUAAGAUACGCACUGCAUCCGGACCGUGCGUGCUGCCCCGGCACGAGGACGUAAUGAUGAUGAUGAACGAACCGGAAAUGAACCAGGAGGAUAAUUUCGUGCAAAUACGCACCGAACAACCGACCGCGCCCCAUCCGCUUCCGAUGCCCGAGUACGGCGGAUACUUUGCCCCGCUUACCGAGUUUUUGCCGGACACGAACAUUCCCAUCAGCGGUUUCCAUCGAUGCAAUGUGGCGGUCAUGCUGUUGACGGAUAUCGUUGUCGACGGCAUUCCCGGCCUGGACUGGACGCUGCACGUUCCGCUGAUGCUGCACAUUCUGUUUCUCGGGCUGGAUCAUACGCGCCGAAUCGUGCGGGAUCAUUGCAAGAAACUGUUGUUGAACUUGCUGAUUGUGCUGGCAGAGCAUAACGACCAUCUGACGGUGGCAAAGAUACUGUUGAACAGUGAUACAUCCAAGCUGCGGUUGGGUAUCGUUGUACCGUCGCUUCCUGUAAUCGAUCACAACUUCACCGAACCCGACCAAGAGUUUGACAGCUAUUUGUUCGGAUUAAAUGGUGGAACUGGGCAGCAGUCGAUUCUAUCGCCCGCCUCCAACCAACCAAACGAGGAAACGCCCGCUGUGCCGAUGAUCGUGACGGAGGAGAAUGCGCCACCCCAGCCGGGACCCACCAUGCCCACGGCGCACGUCAUCAAGAGUUUGAUCAAGUUCCUGUCGAAUGAGAGCAGCCAACAGCAGCCGCUGUGGAACUACGAGGACAUAACGGCGAAAGUUUGGAGCAUAAAGUCGGCGGAUCAGUUGCAGUGCUUCCUGCGACAUAUCGUGAAGGCGUUCACGGACAGCUAUCCCCACGCCCGAAUCCCGGAGCGCUGGGCACAGACCGCACUGCAGCUUGGGCUUAGCUGCUCGUCGCGCCACUAUGCUGGGCGCAGUCUGCAAGUGUUCCGCUCGCUUAAUGUACCAAUCAAUUCGCGCAUGCUGUCUGACAUUCUGUCGCGGUUGAUCGAAACCGUAGCCGAGCAGGGUGAAGACAUGCAGGGCUACGUAACGGAGCUGCUGCUAACGCUGGAAGCUGCCGUUGACAGCCUCGAUUCCGACUUCCGGCCAUUGGAUGUGAUGAAGGACAUCUUCAAAAGCACACCGAAUCUGAACAAUAAGGAAGGCGUGAUAUCGGGCAUGUACAGUGGCAGCAAGCGCUCUGGUGACGGUGGCAUCGCUGGUGGAUCACCUGGACAAAGUUUGCACAAUGCGACGAGUGGCGGCCACACGCGCAGCACCAGCUACUCCAUCUCGUACUGUUCGCGAAAGGCAGCGAACUCUCCGAUCGACAAGCAGAUUGAGUUGCGGAAUAGAAAUGCAGCGCUCGAAAUUGAACGGAACGCGGCCAAGUUCGGAGCUGGACAAGCGUCCCUGUCGCGGUCGCGCAGUGCUCAAAGUCUUAAGCUGCUGGGCGAUACGGCCACGCAGGAUGAUAAGAUGACGAUAUUGGCCCAGCUGUUUUGGUUGGCCGUGUCGCUGCUGGAGAGUGAUUAUGAGCACGAAUUUCUGCUAGCGCUACGGUUGCUGACGCGCGUUCUGCAUCGGUUGCCACUGGAUAGACCCGACGCCCGGGACAAGGUUGAAAAGCUUCAGCAGCAACUGAAGUGGUCGACGUAUCCGGGGGUGCACGCACUACUGCUGAAAGGCUGCACACAUUCCGGUACGUACGAGGCCUCGAUAGCGCUGCUUUCGCAGCUGACGCCCCUGCUAAAUCUGCCCGUGUGUGACCCGACGCAAAGCUGUGCCUUCCCAAUGAACGUGAUUGCGCUGCUGCCGUACAUGCUGCUACACUACGAAGAUGCUAACGAGAUUUGCAUCCGGAGCGCGGAAAACAUUGCCCAGGUCGCGUCCGAAAUGGGGCUAAAGCUGGAGAAUCUGGGCACCGUCAUGACGCUGUACAGCAGAAAGACGUUCAGCAAGGAGUCGUUCCAGUGGACCAAGUGUGUGGUGAAGUAUCUGUACGAUACGUACGCCCACAUGGGUCUGCACAUGCUGGCGUUCCUAACGGAGGUGCUGGAGAAGGGUUGGGUGCAGGUGCAGCUGCAGGUGCUGAGUGUGAUUCACUGCAUGCUGCACUAUGUGGAUCUGUCCGCCGUCACUGUGCAACCGAUCGCUGGCGAUAUGCUGAGGAUUAUAUCAAAGUAUUUGGAUAGCCCCAAUUGGAAGGAAGCGCUGAAGAUACUGAAGUUCGUGGUGACGCGCAGCUCAAGCCUGCAAGUUGUUCCGCAAUCGUCCGAAGGUGGUGGUGGUGGUGGUGGUGGUGGUUCAUCGUUUGCAAAUCUGCACGGCAGUUUUAGCGAUUCGGAGGUAUUCUGUAAGAAGGAGCUGGCCGGGCGCACAAUGGAAUUUUCGUUCGAUGUGUCGCAAACACCUCUGAUAGGGCGUAAGUUGCUGCUCAAAUCCGAUAACGAAACAGGCGCUGCUAUUGGCGGUGGUGCCCAGAUGGGUGGUAAAGCUUUCAAUGGCUCGAGCAAUGUGACCGGAUCUGGUGCGCACUAUGGGCAUGCUGGAACACCGAACUCGCCACGCCGAAGUGCCAGUCUAUCGCCGGCAGAUACUGCACCACUAAGCGGCUGGAAACGGCCAUGGAUGUCACAGGGACGUGUACGCGAGGGUUUGGUAAAUCUGCUGACAACUUGCGGCCAGCGCGUCGGUCUGCCCAAGAGUCCUUCGGAUGAUAUCAUAAGCUCAUUGUACUCCAAGGUUAUUUUCAGUCAAUCGUCCGAUCUGCUCGAACGCCAAUCGUCCGCUGCAUCCAGUACGGACGAAACGUCGGGCGCCCAGCAGGACUUGAGCGGUGGUUCGAAACGCGACGACGGUGCACCGGACUUUGGUGUGUUCAAGGACUUUGACUUCCUGGAGUACGAGAGCGAAAGCAUCGAAGGCGAAUCGACGGACAACUUCAACUGGGGCGUGCGUCGUCGUCCACUGUCCGAGGGUGAAAACGAGCCCCAUUCACUGUCCGCCGGCGGUGCACGGACAUCGCACUCGUCGAACAUUGACGAGAGCCUGAGCGAGAAAACGCCCAUAUUUAACCGCAGAAAGCGGCCCAAUGCGGACGACUCGUCGGACGAGGAGGUGGAAUCGGAAUCACCGCUGGACGAAGAACCACGGCCAAUCUUCUCCAAAGCCGCCUACCUGAGCGGACCGCCGACGAGCUUGAGCUUGCGAGAAAGACGCCACCGGCGAGAUUCAGUGUCACGUAGCGACACGAGUGGAUCUAGCGCCGGUGAUCUCGGCGACAUCACACCGUGCAAUGCGUCUCCCCAUCUGCCCGGAAUGCAUCCAUUCCGCACCGGUCCGAUACGGGAUGAGAGUGUCGAUGUGUGGCGACGCAACCUGGUGGCACUCCUCGUAAACCAACCGUCGUCGCAUGCACCCGACUUGCUUAAUCAAAUGUUCCGACUGAUGAAGGAACUGACGGUGCGUUCUAUCGCGAUUUCGAAGGAGUGUAUGCGAUACUUCACUGGCUGUGGAGUACAGCUAGGGCAUCGUAUUUCGGUACUGUCGGACCUGCUGGUCACGCGCGGCGAUCCACCGAAAAUCUGGUACCAUCAAAGCCUGGCGACGACACCCCGGCUCUUUGAGAACCUGCGGUACGGUGUGCUGGAGGUACAGGAGCAUCUCGAGACGUUUUUCGAUCGAAAGGAAACCGUGCUGGAUAGUCUGGACGAGGUGAAAGCGUCCUGCAAGUUGGCGCUCUUCACGUCGGACAUCGAUUCAGCAAACGAAGGGACCGGAGGCUCGAGCGCAGUCGUGUCCCUUUCCACCUCAACGGAUCCUGCUACGGCCGAGCUGCUGCUGGACCUGGGACGUGGGCUGUACAAGCUGAUGUUUCAGUUGCUGCUGCUAAUUGAGUCUGACCAUAAAAUAGCCAUUAGCGUAGUGCAGAAUCUGCGACAGAACGAACAAAUGCAAGACCUUUCCAACCUGUACAUGUCCGUCCGGGGCGCCCUGCUGCGCUGCAUUGACGAUGCGGAGAUGGAAUCGUUGGACACGUCGACGUCAACCGAAGGCGAAAACACACCGACCCCAUCGCCGGGCCUACCGAUGAACAACAGCGAGUUCGAGAACAUACUGGUCGAGCUGAUCGACAACCAGCGGUGGUCGGCGGCAAUAAAUCACGUUAAACAGCACAAACAAAUGUCUAACCACUCUGCAUCGAAUUACAAUCUUCCCGGUGUUACGACGGGCAGUGGUGGUGGCGUCGGCGGCGGCGGUGGCAGUGGCGGUAUCGUGUUCACCUCGGGCGGCAAUAGCAAUACCGCCGGCGUGUCUGCCUGCGGUGGAGGUGACGGCCUGUUCAGCAAUCUUGGCACGGAAUUUAAAACCAUCGAUGAUUUAUCGCUCAUAUUGAACGUUUACGCCCACCGGCUCACGAAGGAUAGAAACGAUGUGUUCAUCGUGUCGCGUUCGGAGUUUGAGCUGAGCGAAAUCUAUCAAAUUCUCAUGGAAAACCUGCUGCACGUUUCGUCUGCCCUGUCCAACAUGGAAAUCAGCAUGAAAGCCAACACAAGCUCCAGCUCCUCCACGGUGACAACGAUGACGACAAUCCCCGCCGUAAUCGGCACCGGUGGCGGCAGCGGUGGAUCAGGGUCCAGCAUCCAGCCGGGAAUGCCGGGCGUGCCCGGCAAUGGGCACCCGACAUCUCAGGGCAACUCAGGUACGGGGUCGUUGAUCAGCUCGACGCAAGGCGCAAGCCUACCUCCGCCACCGCCCGUACUGGCCCCAACAAACCCAUUCAAAGAUACCGUUGACAUCAUCACGACACUGUAAGCUGACCAACCGACGACGACGACGACGACCUACGACGACGGCGCCACAUCGAGAGCACUGUUCAGUUGACUUAUUUUUGGUAAAUGUCGGUAAAUUCAGAUCCACAAAGCACAACGCUAGUGGAUGCAAAUUUGAUUCCCUUUCCCGCCCAGCAACAGCAGCACUCAAGAACGGAAUCUUUCUGAUUAUUCGCCAUAACUCCGACCAUGUCUCGUCCUUUACUCGUCAACUCGUCAGUGCCAUUUCGGCAAACGGGCAAAGAAGUAUCAAUUGAUUUCAUACCGUGCUACCGUGUGUCCUCGUCGUGGUGGUGCUUUUUUUUUUUGAACGGGAUAUUUAACGAGAAUUGCGAGUCCCGCCGCCAUCAGCAUCCAUUCGCGCGUGUAAUGUGAUUUUAAGUGAGGAUUAGCCCGGAACUGGAAAAGGCAAGUAUCAGCCUCUAAGCUGGCAACGCGGUUGUCAAAAAAGGUGAUGCGUCUUGAUGGGGACCAGUCACAAUGGCACAAUGUGCAGGCCUCGAGAUUCAGAAUUCCAUUUUAAUAAUUUAACUCCAUUCAUCCUUCCAUCCAUCCAUCCAUCCAUCUAUCAAGCCAGUACAUAACCCUCGGAGGUGCUGUUGUGCUGUCUCUGUGUUUUAGUAUUAUUUAUUAAUUGUGACAAUUGGCGCCUUAAUGCCGACGCAACAGGAGGGCGGUAGGGAGACACCAACAAACGAUAAACUUCUAAUCGUUGUACUACGUAACGCGAGAUCAAACAGCAGAAACUUAAAUGGAAUGGAGCAUGAACAAAAGAGUGAGACAAAAACGGCACACGACGAGCACGGCGUGUACCUCGUUUACGCUGCAUGAAGAAUCUUUUGUUGUAUUAAUAAAAUUUACAAAAAUGAUCCAAUGUU